AUGUUGUACUCCCGCGGAGGAGUCCCGCAGAACCGCCUUCUGCUGCUUUCCUUUGUGCUGCUGGCAGCCUGGCGGGCGGGCAGCGCCCAGCUGCGCUACUCGGUCCCCGAGGAGGCCCAGCACGGCACGUUCGUGGGCCGCCUGGCGCAGGACCUGGGGCUGCCGCUGGCCGAGCUGGUGCCGCGCCUGUUCCGGGUGGCGUCCCGUGCCGGCGGGGACCUGCUGGAGGUGAACGUGCAGAACGGCAUCCUGUUCGUGAACGCGCGGAUGGACCGCGAGGCGCUGUGCGGGCGGAGCGCGGAGUGCAGCGUGCACCUGGAGGUGGUGGUGGAGCGGCCGCUGCAGGUGUUCCACGUGGAGGUGGAGGUGAGGGACAUCAACGACAACCCGCCCGUGUUCCCGGCUACACGGAAGAAUCUGUUCAUUUCUGAAGCGAGGGCUCUUGACUCUCGGCUUCCACUGGAGGGCGCAUCCGACGCAGACAUCGGGCAGAACGCGCUGCUGACCUACACGCUGAGCCCCAGUGAGUAUUUCUCGCUGGAUGUGCCCAGCAGCCACGAGCAGGUGAAACCUCUGGGGCUCGUACUGCGGAAACCUUUAGACAGGGAGGAAGCUCCGGAGCUUCACCUACUGCUGACGGCCACCGAUGCAGGCAAACCGGAGCUGACUGGCACUGUUCAGCUGCUCGUCACAGUGCUGGAUGCCAACGACAACGCCCCAGCGUUCGACAGAACUCUCUAUACGGUGAGGCUACCGGAAAACGUUUCGGUCGGGACUCCAGUGCUUACCCUCAACGCCUCGGACCCGGACGAAGGCUUGAACGGGGACAUCAUUUACUCGUUCUCCAGUGAUGUGUCUGCAGGUGUGAAAUCCAAGUUCCACAUAGAUGCCGUGAGUGGGGCGAUUACGGUAGCUGGGCUCAUCGACUUCGAGGAAAGCCAGGUGCACAAGAUUCGAGUAGAGGCCAUGGACAAAGGUCUGCCACCCCUGGCUGGUCACUGUACGGUUCUUGUGGAAGUGGUGGACGAAAACGACCACGCCCCAGAGCUGACUGUAAAAACGCUCUGGCUCCCUGUGAAAGAAGACGCUCCCGUGGGCACGGUGAUCGCCCUCAUCACUGUCUCGGACCGCGACUCGGGCGCCAACGGGCAGGUGAGCUGCGCCCUGACGCCCGACGUGCCCUUCCGGCUGCUGUCGACCUUCAGGAACUACUACUCGCUGGUGCUGGAGAGCGGGCUGGACCGCGAGCUGGUGUCGGGCUACGGCGUGGUGGUGACGGCGCGCGACGCGGGCUCGCCGGCGCUGCGGGCGUCGGCCAGCGUGUGGGUGGAGGUGGCGGACGUGAACGACAACGCGCCCGCGUUCGCGCAGGCCGAGUACACGGUGUUCGUGAGGGAGAACAACGCGCCGGGCUGCCACCUGGUGACGGUGUCGGCGCGCGACGCGGACGCGCGGGAGAACGCGCGCGUGUCGUACUCGCUGGUGGAGCGGCGCGUGGGCGAGCGCUUGCUGUCGAGCUACGUGUCGGUGCACGCGGAGAGCGGGCGCGUGCACGCGCUGCAGCCGCUGGACCGCGAGGAGCUGGAGCUGCUGCGCUUCGAGGUGAGCGCGCGCGACGCGGGCGUGCCGGCGCUGGGCAGCAACGUGACGCUGCAGGUGUUCGUGCUGGACGAGAACGACCACGCGCCGUGGGUGCUGCCGCGGGGCGCGGGCGGGCCGGCGAGCGAGGCGGUGCCGGUGUGGGUGUCGCGGUCGGCGGGCGCGGGCCACGUGGUGGCGAAGGUGCGCGCGGUGGACGCGGACGCCGGCUACAACGCGUGGCUGUCGUACGAGCUGCAGGCGGCGCCGAAUGCGAAUGCGAAUGCGAAUGGGGCGGUGGCGGCGUCGUCGGGCGGGGCGCGGCUCCCGUUCCGCGUGGGGCUGUACACGGGCGAGAUCAGCACGACGCGCAGCCUGGACGAGGCGGACUUGGCGCGCCAGCGGCUGCUGGUGCUGGUGAAGGACCACGGCGAGCCCGCGCUGACGGCCACGGCCACGGUGCUGCUGUCGCUGGUGGACGGCGGGCAGGCGCCGGCGGGGGUGGCGUCCUCGUCGCGGGCGGCGGGUGCGGCGGCGGCGGGCGGCGCGGCGGCGCUGCUGGACGUGAACGCGUCCCUGAUCGUGGCCAUCUGCGCCGUGAGCAGCCUGCUGGUGCUGACGCUGGUGGUGUGGACGGCGCUGCGGUGCUGGGCGCCGGCCGCGGAGGGCGCGUGCGGGCCGGGGCAGCCGGCGCUGGUGUGCGCGAGCGCGGUGGGGAGCUGGUCGUGCUCGCAGCGGAGGCGGCAGCGGGUGAGCGGCGGCGAGGGCGCGCCCAAGGCCGACCUCAUGGCCUUCAGCCCCGGCCUUCCUCCGGGUCCGCUCUCUGAAGAUGGAACAGUACCGCCUGCUUCUUUGGACUGUCCUGGGAAGGUAGGUUUUGCUCAUAUUUUACUAAUAUGUCGUCAAUUUGUUUUUCAAAAAUUUUAA